GAUACCCGGUGAGCUUUUGGCUGAAGAUGAGCUUGGACUACAUGGCCUGCAUGAUGCUCAUGAAGACCCAGCUGAGGUCGAUGAGGCCGCUGGUGAGUAUCGGAGGAGGCAUCAGAUUCGUGAACGAGCUCGACAACUGGCCAUGACGCAGUCCAGCCGGGAAGCUAUUCGCCGCUCUCGGCAUGCAGCUCAACAGCAGCGGCAUUGGGCUCCAGGUCAAUGGGUAUAUGUCUUUCGUCGAGCCCGAGGCAACCAAGACCUCCAUCUCCGAGAUCGCUGGGUCGGACCUGGCGUGGUGGUGGUGUCAAACAACGACACGGUCUACGUCGGCAUGAGGACCAGGCUAUGGCGAUGUUCUCCUGGCCAACUUCGGGCGGCUCUUCCAAGUGAGGUGUUGGGUCGAGAACUGGCCACCAGCCCGGGGCUGAGCGAACUCCUACGGCAGGUGAUCUCCGGCACUCAUGCAGGAGCCGUGGAUGUACAACGUGAGGGACUCCCUGGACCCGAGAACAUGCUGGGUCCAGUUCAGCGCACUGAAGAUGGAGUUGCCGUGGUCUUCUACCUCUUGGUCAUCCUCGAGAAGACCGACUGGCCAGCAUCGCUGAGGAAGAGGAGCAACGACCUGCUGGUAGAGGAGUUCAAUCGGCUGGCACAACGCCGUGAUCAAGAUCGACGUGAUGAUCCGGAUCUAUGGCGCGAGCAGUGGUUCCAGUUCAACCAGGAAGAGUCCGUCCUGUGCCUGGAGCAUUCAGGAGAAUGGGAGGAGAUCGAGAAGUCCGACGAGGUGGAGUGGUCAGCCGUGCUGGGCACCGGCGCUGUGAAGGUGAUCAUUGGGAAGACAGCAUCAAAGGCCCGAGAAGAUUGGCCUGACCGGAUCAUUUCAUCUCGGAUGGUUCGGAGAAAGAAACCGCAGCCGGAGCUCAACGCUUGGAAAGGCAAAAGCCGAUGGUGCAUUCAUGGACACCAUGAUCCUGACACUGGCACACUAUGCACCUACAGUCCCACACCAUCAACGGAGGGACUGAUGACCUUCCUCCAGACCGGUCUCAACUUUGGUAUGAAGUUCGCCUUCUCAGAUGUCAAGAAUGCUUUCUGCCAAAGCGACAAGCUCAAUCGUCCUCGAGGACCUCUGUAUGCCGAGCCUUGUGAAGGACUCCAUCUACCAGCAGGAGCACUCAUCGAGAUCCUGGUGCCCACCUCUGGCUUGGAUGAUGCGCCUCGCGAAUGGCGUCUGACGGUGACUCGCUUCCUUACCUCCCUGUCAUUCGAGAGGAACCUAGUCGAGCCCUGCUGGUACACCCUGUUCUCUGACAAGAAGGAGUGUAUCGCACAAGUGCUAAUAGAGGUGGAUGACUUCAUCGUGUGCGCUGCUCCCGACCGCUAUGAGUGGCUGAAGAAGCAACUCACCAGCCGGUUCCACUUCGGCAAAUGGGAAGAGGACGAGGCCGAGUAUGCCGGUCGCCAUGUUCGAGUGACGCCCGAG